UGCUUUAGAUCGCAUAAAACACAAUUAGAUUUUUUAUCGGAAAAAUGUCGUAUUGGUUUCAAUGCACCAAAACUGACCUUUCCGGCCAUUCACUUAUCGGAAAAAUUGUGGGACACUGAACGAUUGUUCAUUUCAAUUAGCAUAAUUAAUAGUCGUGAUAAGACGCGCAUUUUGGGACAACCUGUAUAACAUGAUUGAUGGGCAAUGAAAGAUUUGUUUAUUUAAAACCUGCACUCUAUUUAUAAUUGCUAAUUGCAUAAUUAAGCAUGUCAAGCAACCUUGAUUCUAUCAAACAAUUAGCUCGGAAUCUCAAACAAUAAACAAAUUAACGUUGUGUGAUAUGAAAAUUAGCUAAACAAAAUAUUUCCUGACAAAUCGUAAAAGUUGUGGUUAAAAUGUUUCCGUUUCAAAUUAAUUAACGCAAAAUCCGUCCAAUUAUUAAAUAAUGCACCAGUCAACAUUCUAAUUAAUGGGACUUUUACGAAUCGUGUCAGUGAAUUAAGUGUUUGGCUAGUGUCCGCUCUAAAAAUAGCCCCGUUAUUGGACGAUUUCGGUACCCUACAUCCAUUUUCGUCGCGUGAUUUCCUGCGAAAUUUUUCUUAUCUACUUGUUUACAAAAUCCAAAUAUUGACUUAUUUUGGGGCAGAAAAGUCGCUCGUUAAAACCGGCUUGCGACGGAAGUACGGAGUAGGCGUUUCCUGAGGAAGUUUCUCAACUGAAAUAUUAUUUUUAUUAUGAUAAGUCAUGAUUUUGUGUUUGUACAAGUGAUCAAUAUUUCGUGACUGAGUCCAUCAAUGUCGAGAUAGCUCUGAAAUAUGAGGCUUUCUAUCAAAAUGUACCUCAUCAUUUUUAUAAGCGCAUCGGUGAUAUUGUAUCAGUACCACUUGUCAAACGCUUGGUUGAUCUCCCAGAAUUCGCAGGAAUUUCACGUGUUGAACCCCAAAACCAACGAAAAACUCCGAAAUGUAUCUCUUUUUAACAUCACUUCUUCCAUUAGCAAUAGUACACGUCCUACGACACCCUGUUUUCAAGAACUGGAAGACGUUUUACCUCCCUUGUAUGUAAUAACCCCGACGUAUCGGAGGCCAGAACAGCUCGCCGAAUUGACCCGACUAUCCCAUACACUAAUGCUGGUCAAAAACGUAUUUUGGAUAGUCGUCGAAGAUGCAACGAGUAAAACGCCCUUAGUUGGGGAGCUUCUGAAGAAAACAGGGUUGAAAUACGAGCAUUUGAUCGCCCCGAUGCCUGAACAAUACCGGAAGAAGAAAAAAGGUCCGAAACCUAGAGGCGUCUCGAACCGAAAUCGGGGCUUGCAGUGGAUCCGCCAAAAUGCAAAGACCGGAGUUUUGUACUUCGCCGAUGACGACAACACUUACGACCUCCAGUUGUUCGCAGAGAUUCGGUACACCAAACGCGUGUCCAUGUUUCCUGUUGGGUUGAUUACCAAACUCGGUGUGAGUUCGCCCAUCGUGCGAAAUGGGCGGUUUUCUGGUUUUUAUGACGGGUGGGUGGCCGGUCGCAAGUUUCCCGUUGAUAUGGCCGGCUUUGCUGUCUCGGUUGAGUUUCUGUUGAAGCGUCCUAAAGCUUUAAUGCCGUUCAAGCCUGGUUUCGAAGAGGACGGCUUUUUGAAAAGUCUCGAACCUUUUGAACCUCAAGACAUCGAAUUGUUAGCUUCAAAUUGCACAAAAAUUUUAGUAUGGCACACACAAACGAAGAAAAAUGAACCGUCACAACCUUUAGAUUUCGCCAAAUAUAAUAACACUAACUUAGUAAUGCUCAAACAAAUACUGGUAUAGGCAAUCAGUUUAAGUCCGAAAGUCCAUUACUGUACAAAUUUAUAACGAGGGUUCUUGUAGUUAACGACUUGCAUAUCGGUUCAGUUCGAGUUUAUUUAUGUGAUACUUUUGUAUGUUGUUUUUGUUUUAUAUUGACGUGAAUAUUUUUAUGAAAGAGGCUGUGGAUGACUUUUUUACCAUCAUUCGCUAUUUAGAAUAAUAUGUAAGAUAAACAACAAUCAUGUAGGAUUUGCGAUAAGUAAAACACUAUAAAUA